AUGCCAAAGCUGAGUGCCCAGCUGAUAGCCCAGUCUAUAGGCCAGGCCUUCAGUGUGGCGUACCAGGAGUUCUUGAGGGCUAACGGCAUCAACCCAGAGGACUUGAGUCAGAGGGAAUACAGUGAUCUGCUCAACACUCAGGACAUGUACAAUGAUGACCUCAUACACUUCUCCAAGUCUGAGAACUGCAAAGACGUUUACAUUGAGAAGCAGAAGGGUGACAUUCUGGGCGUGGUGAUUGUGGAGAGUGGGUGGGGCUCCAUCCUGCCCACAGUCAUCAUCGCCAACAUGAUGCAUGCUGGUCCAUCUGAGAAGUCUGGUCGUCUGAACAUCGGAGACCAGAUCAUGUCUAUCAACGGGACCAGUCUGGUAGGACUACCCCUGUCUACCUGCCAGACUAUCAUUAAGGGUCUGAAGAACCAGUCUCGUAUCAAGCUGAACAUCGUAAGGUGUCCUCCCGUAACCACGGUGCUCAUCAGACGACCUGACCUCAGAUACCAGCUGGGCUUCAGCGUACAGAAUGGCAUUAUCUGCAGCCUUAUGCGAGGGGGCAUCGCUGAGAGGGGAGGGGUCAGGGUUGGCCACCGCAUCAUCGAGAUCAACAGCCAGAGCGUAGUGGCCACGCCCCACGAGAAGAUUGUCCACAUCUUGUCCAACGCCGUGGGAGAGAUCCACAUGAAGACGAUGCCAGCUGCCAUGUACCGCUUGCUAACUGCCCAGGAGCAACCCGUUUACAUCUAG